AUCGCGUUCUGUCGAAGAUGCCCAUGACGAGCCACCAGUGGCUGAUUAUGCUGCCCCUCCUUGUCUAGACUGGUGAUGAAUGUGACGACUUGAGUGAUAGGCCUUUCGUUUUGUUGCUGCUGUCCUUGAAGGCGUAUUUCUUAGACCGGAAAAUUAAUAGGGCCUGGAAUUGAAGACUGGGUCGUCUGCUGGUCGGCAACCUACUGCGUCAACAGCGGCCCACGGAGACGCACAUAUCAUGGCGGGGGCGGAAGAAGCGAGAGUUUACUCCGCUACAUAUAGCAAUGUCCCGGUAUAUGAGUUCAAGGUCAAUGGCGAGAGCAUUAUGCGAAGGAGAGCAGACAAUUGGAUUAAUGCUACUCAUAUCCUCAAAAUAGCCGGGUUUGACAAGCCCGCACGAACACGCAUUCUCGAGCGAGAAGUACAAAAAGGCGUCCAUGAAAAAGUACAAGGUGGAUAUGGCAAAUAUCAAGGAACGUGGAUACCGUUGCAUGAAGGCCGUGUUCUAGCUGAACGCAAUAAUGUCAUUGAUGUGUUGAGACCGAUAUUAGACUACGUGGCAGGGGAUCGAAGUCCUCCGCCCGCUCCGAAACAUACUACGUCCGCCGCCUCGAGAGCGAAGGGUACUAAAAAUGGUGCGGCUAGUCGGAGGUCAACUGCUGCUGCCGCCGCCUCUGGAGACAUGUUCAACCAGGUUCAACCCGCUCGAAACAUGGCUCCGCCGACCUUUCACCAUGAACAGUAUGACAUGCAUCCGGGCUUCGACGAAGACGAUGCGAUUGAGCAGGCAACUCUCGAGUCCUCUUCAAUGGUGGCAGAUGAAGAAAUGAUGCCCAUGUCUCAGCAUAGUGCUUAUUCACGGAAGCGGAAGCGCGGGAUCAAUGAAGUCGCCGCAAUGUCGAUUGUAGAACAGGAGCAUAUCCUGUAUGGCGAUCAACUGCUAGACUACUUCAUGACCGUGGGGGAUGCGCCUGAAGCAACAAGGAUCCCGCCUCCAGCGCCACCGGCUCAUUUCCAGGUUGAUCGUGCUAUUGAUGACUCGGGCAACACAGCGCUGCACUGGGCCUGCGCGAUGGGUGAUUUGGAAAUCGUGCAAGAUCUUCUUCGUAGAGGUGCUGAUGUCAAAGCUCUCUCAAUCCACGAUGAAACCCCACUUGUUCGGGCAGUUUUGUUUACGAAUAACUACGAGAAGCGAACCUUCCCGGCGCUGUUGGAUUUUCUUUUGGAUACGGUUUCUUUCAGGGACUGGUUUGGUGCCACCAUUUUCCACCAUAUCGCGGAGACUACUAGGAGCAAAGGGAAGUGGAAGAGCUCGCGGUACUACAGCGAAAUCCUACUCGAAAAGUUGCGGAAUACCUGUUCCCAGGACGAAGUCGCUCUGUUGCUGUCCUGCCAAGAUCAGCAUGGAGAUACAGCUGCGCUUGUCGCUGCCCGAAAUGCUGCAUUCCGACUGGUCGAUAUCCUUUUGAUGCAUUGCCCAAGAGCCGGCGACCUGGUUAACAAAAAAGGCGAAACUGCCAACAGCAUGGUUCGCCAGUCACAGAAUGUUGAUCGAGAAAUCCCACCGCCGCCUUCGUCGAUCACCAUGGGAAAUGAUCACAUGGAGGGUGAUGUGGUCCCCCCCGUCAAUAAUCCCGACCAUAAUUCGGUCGCUCUCGCAGCGGAAUCCUCUUCCGUAACGUCCACCUUACUAUCGCAGAUUGGAACGAUCAUGGCCGAGGCAAAUAAGAAACUUGCACAGCACUAUGGGAGCACGAAAGUCAACCAACAAGAUUCAGAUGAUGUUGCCAAUCCAGAGGCCUUAUACGAGCAGCUCGAGGUGGAUCGCCAAAAGAUACAAGCUCAAACUGCCUCGUUUUCCGUGAAAGAGGCCACGGGUGAACCGAUCGACGUGCAGCUCCGGAGAUAUGGGAAGAUCAAAAGCACUUACGAGUCUUUGUUGGAGCAGGUCCAGCGAGCCCGUCUCUUCGAACGAGGCGCACUAGGUCCAUCUCCUGUGGCGGAGGAUUCUAAAGUAACACCGCCCGACCAAGCCGAGCUCGGCAGGCUUUACCAUCUCGCUCGGCAACUCAGCUCUGCCCAGAAAACACGGCAUGCCGCCCUACGGGAUUUUGUCCAGCAGACAGCUGAUGCCGGCGCCAGUACCAAGUUGGACGUGCAUCGUAAACUUGUCUCACUUGCGACAGGGCUGAGAGAGGAGGAACUCGAUCCUAUGUCCGCCGAGCUUGCAGACACGCUGGAGUUCGACCGAAUGAACGGCAAGAGCUCCGGUGCCGAGUCACCAGAACCCGAGGGUGCACGACAGCUACCGUCGAAGGAACCAGUAUCGAGACCCUUGCCGGGACCAGCAGUCUCAGUCGAUGUCUGAAUGGAACCCAUCUUCUUCUUUCUCUUUCCCUUUCCAUGCGAAGAAACAUCCUACUCUCCUUUUUGACUUCAUGAGUCCUCUGUUCCAGUUCUGUUUGUAAUUAUCUAUCUGUUUAUACAAGGGCUGGAUAUAUUUCUAGCUUGUGCAAAGAUACCUGAUAUUUCCUUGUCUCAUGUCUUUUUUGUUCGACACGUCAGUGUCAUUCUAUUUCUUUUGACCUUGCGCUGGCGGACUGACGGUGAUAUACCAGCAGUUUUUACCAUCAGAUACCCAUUUUUAUGGACAGUAUUUUGAUUGAAUGGAUUUUUACCG